ACUGUCUGCGGUUACGGCGCAGCGUUGUGUGCGUGUCCGGCUCACACCGCCGCUGUGAGCCACCCAGAGAGGCGGAUCUGUUACUAGAGCUCCGAGAGCUGAACGCAUCCAGGAACUGCGACGUUAGGGGGAGCAGCAGCGGCUGCGGCAGGAGGAGGAGGAGGAGGAGGAAGAGGAGGAGAGAGUUUUCUGCCACACCAAAGUGCGUUAUCAGCUGCUGAAAGCUGGACAGACGCGAGGUGUGGGGGACGCUGAUAGAGAGGGGGAGACUCUGUGGAGGGCGUAGAGGUGAGGUAAGGGACGGAAACUCCCUCCUGGUUGUCGGCGGUGACCGUGGCAUCGAUGGGCGCGACUUCCCCCAGCCGAGCCGCCGUUCUUUACCCGGCAGCGGUCCUGAGAUGCUGCCUUUGAUCCGUCUGACAGUUGGAUAAGUGGCGACCCAUCUCUCACCGGCACCAUGCUCCACCGUAACCUGCGAAUAGGUGGCUAUAACGUGCCAGGGGUGGAGUCAAGCGAGGUGCCUCUCAUUGGCUACCGGCCCUUAUCGCCUGACGGGGGAACUCCAAGCAGCCAGUCAGGGAGGAGCGAAAAUCUGGAAAAUUCACAGGCAGAGUCCUCACCCAUGAAGACUACCUGGUACUGUCCUCUGGAUUUGUCCACUGUGGUGGAGGAGGAGGAGGAAGGGGUUGUCUACACAGUUGUGGUCAAACAGCAGCAUGCUGGCCCUAACAGUCCAGUGUCCACCGUUUCCCGUUCCCAGUGCGUGAAAGCUGGAACGGAAGAGAAGUUGGUGCUCCACCUCCUCCACUCUUUCUCACUGGGAGAUUCAUCCUUCAUCUCCAUCUUCCUCUCCACCUAUCGGUCCUUCACCUCCACAGAGAGAGUGCUGGACAUCCUCAUUGACAGAUUAGAAAAUCCGCCUGGGGACAACGAGAGAAGUCAGACAAGACAAUCUUUCAACAAAGCAGUGUGUACUGUGUUCAGCACGUGGCUUUCGGAGUAUCCUGAAGACUUCAGGAACCUGGAAGAUCCCUCUCGUCUGUUGCGUCUGGCUCCUCUGCUGCCUCAGGACUCCUCGUCUGCUGUUGAGCUCCGAGCUCGCCUCCUGCGGACGGCCGAGGAGCUCAGUGAGAGAGCCCUGCUCCCCGACAAACACAGAGUUCUCCGUAAGGUCAGACUUCCUCUAUACUCUUGGUCUGUCCGGGCCACCAUACGGCAAUUCAACAAGUUGGCCAAUGCCGUCUUAGCAUCCUGUCUUUGGCCGACGAAGCUGCGCACCCAACAGAGAGCACGACUGCUGGAGAAAUGGAUCAGUGUUGCAGAGGAAUGCAGAGCCAGAAAGAACUUCUCCUCCCUGUACGCCGUCGUGUCGGCGCUGCAGAGCAACCCCAUCCACAGGCUGAGGAAGACCUGGCAGGAAACGGACAGAGAGGCCUUGAGGAGAUACGAGGAGCUGGCAGAAAUAUUCUCAGACAAGGACAACUAUUCACAGAGCAGAGAACUCCUGAAGGAGGAGGGAACCUCAAAGUUUGCCAACCUUGACAACAGGAUCAACAAUAGACACCACAGCAGCAGGUCCAACGCUCAGGGCACCGUGCCCUACCUGGGAAUCUUCCUCACAGACCUCAUCAUGCUGGACACGGCAGUCAAAGACCGGCUGGAUAACGGCUACAUCAACUUUGACAAAAGGAGAAGGGAAUUUGAGGUUUUAGCUCAAAUCCGGCUCCUGCAGUCUUCUUGCAAAAACUGCGUGUUUCACGCUGAUGAGGCCUUCUCACAGUGGUACCACAGCGUGCCCACGCUCACAGAGGAGCAGAGUUACAGACUGUCCAAUGAGAUUGAAGCACCCAGUGAGCCGAGUCCUCGAUCUUUGAUGCCAACAGUCAUCAUCACCCAGUGCUCAGACCUGAGCAGCUCCCGGACCAGCCUGGCUGGUGACGGCGACAGCCUCUUCGACUUUCACUCUCCAGUCAAUAACUUUCUCUCCAAACUCACAAAGCACAUGAGAUCUCCGUCGGUUUCCUGCCUGGACGUCGACACGUCCCCUCCAACCAACGAGUCCACACCCGUCACGCUGACCCCAACCACGCCCACAAAAACUCACCGCAGAUCAGCCUCCUGCGGCAACAACCUGCCCAGUAACGUUCCGGGGUCGGGGCCCGACAUGCGGAUCAUCAGGAUACGGAUGGACCUGCAGGAUGGGAACCUGUACAGAAGCAUACUGGUUACGAGCAAUGACAAGACCCCUGCUGUGAUCAGCUCUGCCUUAGAGAAACACAAUCAGGACCCCACACAGGCGUCCAGAUACGAGCUGAUACAACUUCUGCCUGAAGGAAAAGAACUGGUCAUCCCGGCAACAGGAAACGUCUUCUAUGCCAUGACAUCAUCCAGCGUCGACUUCCUGUUGAGAAGGAAAGGCGGGAACACCCCGGUUGGCUCGCCAAUCACCACGGAGACGAGCGCCACUUUUCCUCGCAUCAAGGCCAAAGGAAGGAGAUUGGUCCGGACUUUGUUUUGACACAAGCUUUGUCCUCUGCGGCAGUUUUUUUUUUCUCUAUAAAUGUGCAAAAAGGACAAAUCUACACAUGCCUUCCUUCGUUCUCCCGACCAAGUCUGUUCUGCAAAAAAGUUGACACGUGUUCACGAGACAUCUGCUGCUGAGGAACCGGGCCAGUUCCCCCAAUUGCUAACCAGUAUGCAUUGCUAAAUUAAACUGGGAGGGAAGGGCUGGUGGAGGCCUUUAACUGAGAGAAUCAGGUGCUUCGGCCCGGUCAUCUAGCAUUCAAUGUUUCUGUUUUUCAUGCCAACUCAGCAGAAUUUGUUAGCAUAGAUGUGUAGCGAAACACUGAAGCAUGUCCUUGAGACAUAUAAACAUGUUUUGUAUGUAUUUAUAUACCUUCUAUGUCUGUAUGAUGAGAGAAGCUCCAAAUUAAUCUGAGAAAUCCUGUUGAUGCAUUUCUGUUAGACUCCAGAGAGCUCAGGCAAAAUGAAUUGUUUCAUUUCGACAUAAACAAAAAGCUGCAA